UAGCGGACUGAAAUCGCUCAGCACAGCUAGUAGUGCUAAUGGCUAAUUAGCUAGCUAACAUUAGCUAGCCAGCACAAGCAUGAGUACAGAUGCUAGCAUUGUACUUAACUACGCAAGGCAUACUAUUAGCUACGAAAACAAACCCAUUCUGCAUGCCUCUCAAAAAGGUUGAAAAAUACAGACCCUUGAAGUUGAAUGAAAUAGUAGGCAACGAGGAGACUGUUAGCAGAUUGGAGGUGUUUGCCAGAGAGGGAAAUGUGCCGAACAUCAUUAUUGCAGGUCCCCCCGGUACAGGAAAGACCACCAGUAUUCUGUGUUUGGCGCGAGCUCUUCUGGGCCCAGCCAUGAAAGAUGCUGUCCUGGAACUGAACGCCUCUAAUGACAGAGGCAUCGAUGUAGUUCGAAACAAGAUCAAGAUGUUUGCCCAGCAGAAAGUCACCCUCCCUAAAGGGAGACACAAGAUCAUCAUCCUGGAUGAGGCUGACAGUAUGACAGACGGAGCCCAGCAGGCCUUGAGGAGGACCAUGGAGAUAUACUCUAAAACCACACGCUUCGCUCUGGCAUGCAACGCCUCUGACAAGAUCAUUGAGCCCAUCCAGUCACGUUGUGCAGUCCUGCGCUACACCAAGCUGAGGGACGAGCAGAUCAUGAUGCGUCUGCUGGAGGUGGUGGAGAGGGAGAACCUGGUCACCAGCAACGACGGCCUGGAGGCCAUCAUCUUCACCGCCCAGGGAGACAUGAGACAGGCGCUGAAUAACCUACAGUCCACAAACUCUGGGUUUGGCUACAUUAACAGUGAGAAUGUGUUCAAGGUGUGUGAUGAGCCACAUCCCCUGUUGGUGAAAAGCAUGCUCGAACACUGUGUCAAUGCAAACAUUGAUGAGGCUUACAAGAUUAUUGAGCAGCUGUGGGCCCUGGGUUACUCCCCUGAGGACAUCAUCGGUAACAUCUUCAGAGUGUGUAAGACAUUCCAGAUGCCGGAGUAUCUCAAGCUGGAGUUCAUAAAGGAGAUAGGCUACACCCACAUGAAGGUGGCAGAGGGCGUGAACUCCCUGCUGCAGAUGGCAGGCCUCCUGGGUCGACUGUGCAGCAAGACAGCCACCCCGGAUACCAGCUAACACCCCACCCACGCUGCCACCCAUCUCAGCACGGUCUCUCCUCUCAGCACGGUCUCUCCUCUCAGCACGGUCUCUCCUCUCAGCACUGUCUGUCUUGCCGGGGUUGUGUUCAUUAGGGGAAACAACAUUUUCUACGAAAUGAAAACUUACAUUUUUCCUUAUUGUCCUUCCAUGUUUGGCUGGUUUCUUCUGUUUCGUUCAUAAUGUACACGACUUUGCUUCAAAACGCUGACUAAGAGUCCUGGGGAGUUCUGUUUAGACAUUUCUGGAUGAAAUACAUUUUGUAUUUUAUACAAGUUAGUUCAUGUAAAUACUAUUGUAAGUCACUUCUGUAAUAAAUCAGUGUUGUAAUUAUGACUUAUUGGAAUAUAAGAGGUUGUAAACUUAAGUUUUGAAUUAAGGAUUUAUUAUUACAGACUGACAUGUUAUCUACAUUU